AUGGGCGGCAAAGUAAACAGCAAGAACGGAGACAAGGAGAGUGACAAGGAAGAUCAAAAGACGAUAGAUGAACGUCCUGGGUUGCUCCGCAAGAAGUCCGGAGAGUUAAUUAAAUCGUCGCUUAAGUUGAGUGGGUUAUCGAGAAGUAUGUCAGCAUCGCAGAUAGGCAGUAAAUCAGUUAGAUUUGCCACCCGCUUGGCUAAUGUGAAAAUGUUUGAUGGUCAACAGUCUCCUAGCACUGUAUCAACAGCAGAAAACACGCCUAUGUCGUCGCCGCAGGCGUUGGACGACUUUAGCUCGAGGGGAUACUUUGAUCUCAAAUGGGAGGAUGAUGAAGUGAGCGAUAUCACCAGCGAUACCUCUUCAGAUGAUGAUCUUCAUUUUCAGAGUCCGGUCACUUAUAGAAUCGCCCAGCUGGACUUCCGUCCCCCAAGAAACAUUUAUGACAAGCAGGACAUGCCUUGUUACUUGCAAUCUAUCAAACUUUCACCAGAGAAGACGGCCUUGGUCGGGUUGAUCAUGGUUAAGAAUUUGGCGUUUGAGAAACGGUUGUCGAUCAAGUUGACAUUCAACGACUGGCGUUCUAUUCUCAUCAUCAACAACAUCUCCUACAGCAAGUCGUUCUCGUCCAUAAACUUUGAUCAGUUCAAGUUUAUCAUUCCAUUGGAACACAUGCCCAAGCAGCUUAACUUGCAGUUUGUCAUUAAAUAUGAAGUGGGUGGAAAUAGCUACUGGGAUAACAAUAACAUGAAGAACUACCAUAUUUCAUUACAACCAUUUGAAACCGUCUCUGGUACCAAGCCACAUAAUUCAUUGUUCAAGAAUACCGUUCCACAAUUUGACGAGUUGGUUACAAAAUUAAUCAACUUCAGAAAAGCGGACUACGCUUUGGAAGGCGAUUUAAUGGAUUCACAUAAUGACGAAUAUGUCUAUUCGAGAAAGCCGUUCUCGACGAAAGCCAAGUCAGACUUUCAUAACAGAUAUAACAUCAACGACAAUUUGAGCGAGCCUAGAUCAAAUCCUCAUGAACCAAGAUCAAAUCCAUUUAUUUCAAGCACCCCCACAAUUAACAUUGAGCCUCCUUCAAAUUCAUCGCAAUCUUCUUCAGCUGGUGCAACUACUUCGAGACCCCCUCUCAAGUUGUCUUACUCGGCUUCGGAUAUAUCUAACAUUAAACCUAAAUAUUCCAAGUCCUACAAGUCAAAACAGUCUGCGUCCCAAGAAAAUGACAAUACCAACUUCAAUUCCCAAUUUUAUACUAAUUUAUUACAAAGCUACUGUUUUUACAAUGGUGAUAAAUCUGCUUCUACUCCUUCCUCGAAUUCAUCGAGUACUCCCCAUUUCAAUUCAACUAAUACAAUUUCAAACGCCUCUACGGCGUCUACACUUCAAUCAUAUAGUGAUUCCAUAUAUAUUUGA